CUGCAAGGUUGUUCCCACCAGCCAACGACAAGUCAACGCCAAGUCUGCGUCGAUCCCCCGGCCUUGCCCCUUCCACCCACAUCCACCUUGUCCACUUCUUCCCUUUCUUGGCAUGGCCUUAUAAGCCCCGGUGCCUAUCUGCUACCUGCCCACGUUGUACCUACUUCUGUCCGACUGGACUCCCGCCCAAGCAACCUAUCCCCAAGCCAUUCGGCAUCAACUUUAGUAGACGAACUUCGGACUUACAACAUCCCCCCGCAUCUGCAUUUUCGAGCCUUAUCUCCAUUUCUUUCUUUUCCGUUGCAGAGCAGUGCGGUUGAAGAAGUACACGCCCUCUCCCUCGAACGAGUCGACCGGUCAAUUUCGAUGAAGGAACCUUCGAAUAAUUCCUCGUACACAAAUCGCAUUCGCUCCUGGGCAAACUCCAAGACGCAUGGAGCUUCAGGCCCCGUCAGCUUGCUUCCCAUAAGCAACCCUCCCACCGGUACUACCACUACCAACUCCAUCACCACAGUCGGCCAAGAUGCCACGCUCAACGACAGCAGCCGCGGCGGGAAUGUGCCCUCCGCGCACCAACAACCCCAGCAGACUUCCACAGACUCUUCGUCAACCGGCGGCCAUCACAAGGAGGAUAGCAAUAAUGGCGCCAAAUCCCCGACGGUUACAUCACACCAAGCUGCGGGGCAGGGGCCUGAGUUAGAAACUACGGUCGCUGCUGCCGCUCAAGAACAAGAGCAGAAGCAGAAGCCGAACAUCGCAGUUAGAUUUGGGAAGGUCGUCAAGCAGGUCUUGUUUCACAACAAGCUCGUGAACUUGAUGUUGGUCUUCGUCCCCGUCGGCAUUGUCGUCAGCCAGCUACCGGGCUCCUCGCCUGGUCUCGUCUUCGCCAUGAAUGCCCUUGCCAUCGUUCCUCUUGCCGGCCUCCUCAGUUAUGCCACCGAAAGCGUGGCCCGUAAGCUUGGAGACUCGCUCGGCGCCCUGUUGAACGUUACGUUCGGCAACGCUGUAGAGCUGAUCAUUUUUAUUAUCGCCCUUGUCAAGGACGAGAUCAACAUCGUACAGGCUUCACUCCUUGGCUCAAUCUUGGCCAAUUUGCUCCUCAUCCUGGGCAUGUCGUUCUUGCUUGGCGGUCUUCGUUUCCGAGAACAGAUCUACAACAGCACCGUCACCCAGAUGAGUGCUUGUCUUCUCAGUUUGAGUGUUAUUAGCCUCGUCUUGCCUACUGCCUUUCAUUAUUCUUUCACGGACGAAACUGACGCCGACAAGAAGACUCUGAAGAUCAGCCGCGGCACCAGUGUUAUUCUUCUGCUUGUAUACGUCAUUUAUCUUCUCUUCCAGCUCUUGUCUCACUCUUACCUCUACGAAUCCACUCCUCAGCAUAUCAUUGAUGAGGAGUCUACUCCGGGACCCGCCGCCGGCUGGCUCGAUUCCUCGAGCUCUGACAGCGACUCUUCGACAGAUUCGGACUCGUCGGACUCGGACUAUUCUCGUGAGACAGUCUCCAAGAGAAUGAAGCGUGUAAUGCGUGGUGGUCACCGCAGGAGAAAGUCAAGCAUCAUCUCGAACCUCACGAGUGAGAGCGUUGUUGCAGGUCCUGCUAGGACGCCCUCAUUCGGUACCAGUGAUGUCACCCCUGUUUGUGAUGAAGCCACACAGGAGGACUCGUCAUCGCGGCCCGGACUCGCCGUUAAUCUGCACAUCCCUACAACGGAAGGAAAUGAGGAGGCUGUUGAAGACGACAAGCAUUACCGCAGGCGGCACAGAUAUAAGCGACACAUGAAGAAGCAUCGCAAGCACAAACACAAGAAGCAUCACCAUAACGGAUCUCAGGAGUUUAUGAAUGGACAAACCAUCGAUGAAAACGCCGAGGUUCAGCCGGAUGUUGCGCCACCACUUUCGCCUGGCGAACCCCGUCGCGUCGACUUCGCCGUGGAUCCUGCUAUCUCUGCCGAUAACGCUCAGGCUGAGACAUCAGCUGGUCGCCGCCCUUUCCCCGGUCUUCGCGGCAUGUCCCUUCGCCCUGUCGCCAGGAACUUGGCACCGGCUGUCUUUGUCACCGGCCCUGAUUCCGUCAACACCCCACCGGUCCCCUCCGGCCCUGUUCCGCGCGUCCGUUACGGCAUUCGCAGGACGAACUCGCUACCGGACCGCCUCAGCCAAUCACUGUACCGUCCUCAGGGUGCCUUGAUGCCUUCGCAGAUUCCAAUGUCCGCUGUUGUUGACGGCGCUGUCCCCGAUAAAGACGACGAUCAUCCCAACGACUUGUCCCGCGUCAGCGCUAUCAUCCUCUUGCUCGUAUCUACCGCCCUGGUAGCCGUCUGCGCCGAGUUCAUGGUUGACUCGAUCCACGCCCUGGUCGAGACUUCCAAGGUUCCAGAGCUCUUCAUUGGCUUGAUUAUCCUUCCCAUUGUCGGCAACGCCGCCGAACAUGUCACGGCUAUUACCGUUGCCAUGAAGAAUAAGAUGGAUCUGGCGAUCGGCGUCGCGGUGGGUAGUUCUAUCCAAAUCGCCCUCUUCAUCACGCCGCUCGUCGUCAUUAUUGGCUGGUGCAUGGACAAAGACAUGACGCUCUACUUCACGCUGUUCGAGACGGUGUGUCUGUUCGUCUCAGCUUUCAUCGUCAAUUUCUUGGUGUUGGAUGGUAGGAGUAACUACCUGGAAGGAGCGCUGUUGUGUGCGACAUACGUCAUCAUAGCCUUGGUGUCAUUUUACUCCCCUAACCCGACCGAUCCGAGCGGGAGUACUUAGAAAGAUGACACAAAGACCUUGAAAGUCACAGAGGGCGACGGAUAUGGUUGAUUCAUGAGGAAUAUGCGGAAGUUACGAGGGAGGACGUUUUAUACCUUUUCUUUUUAUGUGCCAGCAUACAGGAUCACAGAAUGUAGCUGAGCUGUUUAUGUACAUGCUGCUUCUAUGUGCAUCAGUCACUUGGCUGGCACGGUUGAUUGGGCUGUGGUUUGUGGCAGCAGAAGGGGAACGAUACAGCUCUGACGAAAUGGGACCGGCAUGAUGUUAAUGAUGACUGCUGGACACCUAGCGGUAGAAUAUUAUGCGAUAAUGGAAUCACGACUUUGGCCUGGGAG